AUGUAUGGGGACAAACGCCCCGGUUCAACCCUUCUCCACUCCUGCGUCAAUGUGGAGAUGCAUCCUUCCAGGAUGUUACAAGUAUCAAGAAUAUCAGAAAAUCUUCCAGUUUUUCCAUCUAAAGCUCUUCGUGCUUCCAGCUCUUCAAGUGCACGAUUUUUCGCUGGAGAAUGGUUGAUCGUUGUUGCAGGGAACAAAUUGUUUUUAUGGAAAUAUUCAAGAUAUGUAAAUACACAACCUCACUCUUCAUGUGUAAGUUUUGAUCUGCCUGUCAGUGAUCUACCACAUAGUGCCUCCCUAGUUGGCUUACUUUUCCCGUCGAAUGAUGCAGAGGUUUCACCUUUGCCUACAAGCUGUUUGGCACUUAGCUCUUGUGGUGGCAAUUUGCGCCUGUGGCCUCGAUUAACUCGGAACUAUGUGCAUGUAGAUACCGUACUACCAGCACCUAUCGGUGGACUGUAUGGGGAUCAAGCUAUUCAACUGGAACAUAUUCAUGUGUCCGGUGCAUUUGUGGCUGCCACGCGAACAGGCCACCUUGUGCUUAUUGACACACGCAAUGCUCAGGAUGGCGUAAAGACUCAUUUGAUUACGAGUACUAAUGAUGGUUGUAUGCAUUCAAAAGGAAUAUUAUCUGGUUUAGGCCGCCGUGUGUCGAAUUUCUUCAACUUAGUUUCUUCAACCACAAAUUCUGGAUUAAUUAAAUCGAUGCCAGCUCGUGGUGGUGAAAACUUUGUGUUUCUACGUUUAAUCACGUGUAUGUCGUCAAACGAUUGUGAGAAAUGCUUCUGUUUUGCGUUGUAUAAAAAUCAACUGGAUGUUUGGUCAGUUGAUUAUAAUUUAAACUGUGAAUUGUGUGAUGUAUAUACUAUUGACAAAUUGAUCAACUCAUCAUCAUCAUCACUUGAAGACGGUGAUUCAGACUGGGAAGCUGUUGAUUUUGCAAUACAAUCAAAUCGUUAUGCAUCAUCUACUGCUGAUCAAACUUUAGCCUAUAUUCUCCUAAGUCGUAUCGAUGACCAACAAUCACCCAGAGAAUUACGUCUGUUAACAGUUAAAUUUAAUCGAAUUGAAUCAUCCUUAUGCUUUACAAUUAAUGCUUCUGUUGGCGUAGAAUAUCCUUUUUAUGAAGAUAGAUUAUACACAUCGGAAGAAACAAAUAUUCAAUUUUGUUUACCAGCUGAUUCAACACCUCAAUCAUUGUAUCCAUGUUUAUUAGGCUGUUUAUAUUGCCUUCGAACUGGACAAGUUUUUAUCAUUGAAGUUUUAACUGGACAGAUAAUUGGAAAAUUAGAAUUUUCACCAAAUUUACCAAAUAAACCACCUUGUCCACAAUCGUUAAUUAGUAUUGGCAGUUCAGAUAUGCAUAGUUUAUUCAUCUUUUUAACUUGUCAAUGUGGUCUGCUCACAUUAACACCAUGUAUAGAUAGUGGUAAUAAUAAUGCUGGCACUAUAAAUGAAGUAAUGGAUGCGAUUCCAUCAUCAAGUGGUGGUAUAUCAAUGAUAGAUGUGGAUCAAGCUAGUUUGGUUAGUUCAGAAGUCAGUUUAAAUAGAAGUAUGCAUAAAUCACGUUCUAGUAUUGUCAGCUGUCCUACAAUAUUGUCUCAAAAGCAUCAUUCUGAACCUGAUUUUUCAAUUAUUGUCCAUACAGUAGAUGAAAAACGUUUAAAAGUUAACACUAUGUUCACAGCUAAUACCUAUAUUAUAUCAUUGGUUGGUGAAUCAUUUGAUAAACCGAUUAAACUAUCUCCUAUGGAUCGUUUAUUUGUUGCUCUGUGCGAAGUUGCACGUAUAUACUGGAUGGGAUUUAAAGAACAAACAAUAAACUAUAUGAAAUCUAUUCUCCAUGAUCAUCUGCUAGUAGUCAUCUAUCCUUAG